CAACCCGAUAGUUUGCCCUCACGAUAGCACUCCAGCACCCGCCAGCCCAUCGCAACACCGCCUUCAGUCUUCCCACCGGCCCCCAGUUUCACUCAACUCUACUCGCUCCACAUCUAUCUCCUGCCACCAUUCAUAAAGAGCUACUAUUUUGGUUUCAAGAGAUUCAUGUCUUCGACGCAGCAAUGUUGCUUUCCCUCUUCUUGCUGCUCGCGCUCUGCGUUCAGCAACUCGUAGCUGUCGACCUGGUUGUCGACCUCGGGUACGCCAAGUACCGCGGAUUGCAAUUGCCGCAUGGCAUUACGCGCUGGGCGGGUAUGCGAUAUGCUCAAAGCCCGUCUCGAUUGAACGGAAUGCGGUUUACGGCUCCUCAGGAUCCUCUUCCUGUCCGCGGCAUUGUCAAUGCAACCGAGUUCGGACCUUUGUGCAUCGGCACGGGCAGCAACCUUAAAAACGAGUUCGGGGGUAGAUGGUCGGAGGACUGCCUGUUUGCCAAUGUCUUCGCGCCGUCCAAUGCGACAAAUACUAGCAGUCUCCCCGUGUACGUAUUCAUUCAGGGUGGCGGCUUCAACAGCAACGGGAAUGCCAACUACAAUGGGAGCGACUUGAUUCAGGCUGCAAAGGGGCAGAUAGUUGUGGUGAACUUCAACUACCGCGUCGGACCAUAUGGCUUCUUGGCCAGCAAAGAGAUCGCAGAAAACAAGACCCUGAGUCUCAACAACGGGUUGAAGGACCAGCGGCAACUGCUGAAGUGGGUUCAGGAUCACAUCAGCCAGUUUGGCGGAGACCCUAACCAUGUUACUCUUGGUGGCGCCAGCGCUGGAGCUGGAUCCGUCGUGCUCCAGCUAACAGCAUACGGAGGCCGUGAUGACAAGCUCUUCCAUGCAACUGCAGCAGAGUCUCCCGCGACGCCACCACUUCGCGAUGUUACGGACAGUCAAUGGGCGUAUGAUGCCCUGCUGAAGAAGGCAGCGUGCGAGGACCUCGAGUGCCUACGAACGAUGGACGCCGUUACAUUCCAAAACGCGGUGCGAGGCAUCAAAAUGCCUUUCCCAGGUGGCAAGAACCCACCAAUCUUCUUCUGGAACCCAACACUAGACGACGACUUCAUCCAGGACUACACAUACAAUGAGUUUAAAAACGGCCAUUACGUCAAGGUUCCUACGAUCUUCGGAGAUGCCACUAACGAGGGUACAAUCUUCACGCCGAAGUCGGUCAAUUCGCUGAUGAAAGCGGACACCUUCAUCUCCGACCAGUUCCCCAAUUUCAACAAACAAGACCAGCAGAGCAUCCAGUCCGUGUGGCCAGGUCCUCCGAACCACAUCAACGACGGACGGUGGAGGAACGUGGCGGCCGACAUAUACGGGCACAUACGCUAUCAAUGCCCGUGUCUCAACUUCUCGUCCUCGUAUGCUGUCAACGGUAGUUUUCCCACCUGGCAAUACCGCUACAAUGUGGGCACCGCCCUCCACGUUUCGGAACUUGGCCCCAUCUGGAACAAUGGGACAACUGCUGCCGGAGUUUUUAUUCAGGCGUAUUGGGCGUCCUUCAUUCGAUCGUUCGAUCCGAAUAAGUAUGCGACCGAGUUCCUGGCCGCCAACAGCAACGCGCUCACGUCUCCCACUUGGGAGGAGUUUGGUCAGGGGAACGGGAAAAGGAUGCUGUUCGAUAAUAAGAACGUGGUGCAAAUGGAGGAGGUGACGAACCAGGAGUGGAGCAGGUGCGACACUAUCACCGGCAUGGGGCUGCAAUUACAACAGGUCCAAUCUGCCGGAAGUCGAGUUGCCUCCCUUACUUGGGCUCCAUACCUGACCUACGCUGCUGUCGCUCUUGGCCUCGUCCAGUGGCUCUAUCCUUGAGCCUUGAGUCGCAUUUGGACGACUUGUUCUCAAGGAAGGAAUUCUCGCUAAGAUGGGCCUCCAAAACCAACACCAUAAAAGAACUCGGACGGCGAAUACAACAUACACCUUGCCGGGACAGUGGCACUUAACGUCGCUCCAAUU